AUGCUGGUAUUCAUCUGCUUCGUUUCAUUUUUUCUUAUAGAGAGCAGCUCAGCAACCCGGAAAAGAGAGCUCGUUGUUGACUUGAAGAAGACCAGGCCUUAUCUUUUCUCGCAGCUUAGUAGAUGGAUGCGGAAAAUAUUUCAUUCAAGAACUAACAAAAGAGCAAAUGUAAAUAGCGAGGUGGCGACAAAGCUCGCUGUCAACCCUCUACCGAAUCAACAUCACUUUGGGCCCUUCCUAUCUGUCGACGGAAAUGAUAAACUCCCGCGGCGACGAAGCUCGUCUCGCGACUACCAGGACUCGUUCGAUCUGUCGGCUCUCAAGGUUAGCAAAAAAGCGAAAGCGAAGGUUCAAAAAUGGUUGCAAAAGCAGCUAUCAUGCGAGGUCGAGUACCAUUGGGUUGAUCUUGGUCCGUUAUCAUACCCGCGCUACCUCGCAGCGGGAAAAUGCAGCCAGAACAGCGCCGCAAGCUGUGGAAUUCUUUCUUCUGUUUCAUCGACCUGUCGCCCCGCGAAAACUCGAACUGUUAAUGUUCUAAGGCUUAUCUCCGCCAGACGCUGGGUAGAAAUGCAGCUGAGAGUACUUGACUCUUGCCACUCAGAUGACACGGUUCCUCUGGUUCAACCCUGCACAUUGACUGGCAUCGUCACCCAGCAGCCCGCCUCUUUCCUUCAGGCUUCUGUGCACAAAAACGACUUCAAGCAUGGAUUAUUCUCUUGCGUCGACAGCCUCCCUGCCUGCGGAAUCUGCAUCUGUGCUAUCGUCAACCCGGCCUGGUCUGUCUACACCACACAGAAUUAUCUCCAUCCCGGCGAAGCCAAGUGCCACGCGUUGUGUCAUCCUUGCAGUCAGUUUGUAGGCGGUGCACUCUGCUGUGCUGGAACCAUCGAAAUGGCAUGGGGAGGUAUCAAGACCGCUAUUGAAACCGGAACUUUCAAGCCACCAGCAGAACUUGUUGCCACUGGAAUCGGCAUCAAGCUCGCUGGACUCUUCUUUCUAAUGCUGCCAACCUGGAUGGUCUGGCGACAACGAGGAGAGAUCAAGAAGAAAUUCAACAUUCCGAAGGAUCAAUUCUGCGACUUUCUCGCUUCCUUCUUCUGCCAGAUCUGCGUCAUGACCCAGAACGAGCGCCAAGUCACCUCCGCUGCUGCUGAGCGACUUUGA